AUGCCACUGGACCGCUCGCCAUCACGUGUUGACUUCACAUUCUAUGAACAACCUAGCACAAUCCAUUCGUUUGAAUCAUUGUGUGAGCCUUUACGAACUGCCCUGGACAGUGAGGGUGCAGAUACAUCAUUUACCGCUCCGGAAUUGGCAUACUUCAUUGCGCAUUUCCAACAGUUUCAAAACAAUGUCUUGAGUCCAUCUGACGCUUUCAGUGCACGACAAAAUGGCUCGUCUAUUUCGCCAAGACUGCCGUCCUCGUUUUUCUCUCUUGAACACCUCAAUGCGGAUUCUCCCCUUUACCACAUUCUAUUUGCUGCUUACCAGUUUCGCUCGGAAAACGACAUUGCUGAUUGGCAGUUCAAUGCAAAUGAAGAGAGAGGAACUAAUAUCGACAUGCUCAAGUAUGUUAUUCGUCAACUCAAGGAACUAGGUCUCUUGAAGAAGAGAAAAAUUGCUUUUGCAUCCAACGUGCCAGCUGCCGAUAAACCAGAUCUGCAGAAAAAGAUCGCCGAACUCGAAGCUGAAUAUGUUACGAACGCGACAACUGCUACCCAUAUUAUCUACAAUCAACCGAGUGGUAUUCAGGAUAACGAAUAUAAGGUCGUCAGUGACCGUGAUGGAAGGACACUGGUGCACUGGGUUGGGUACCCUGAUUCAUAUAAUGAAUGGGUAGAAGACAUUCAUCAAUUGCAAGGUGUGGCUUCUACUAGUAGCAAAGCGGAGCACGAUGACCACCAGCCAUACCAUGUCAGUGUCGAUUGGCUCAACAGCAGUUACACCUUUAACGAGUGGGCCAAUGAGCAAGAAUAUCAAGUUGAAAAUGCCGAGCCCAUUGAAUCGACCAACAAACGACCCAUUGCUGAUGCCGAACAGACGCAUGAAGGUGCCUUAAAAAAGUCUAGAACCGACGAACCUGAUGCUGCUACCGACGGACAGAUCAAAUUGGAAGAAAGCAAUCUCGGUGAGGAUUUGGAAAUUGAGGAAGAAGCUCGAAAAUAUCUUGUACAACAACAAUACGAAGUCCUUCUCCCAUCGUAUGCAGCCUGGCAUGACCUUGCAUCCAUUCACGAAAUUGAACGAAAAUCAUUACCGGAAUUCUUCAACAAUCGCAACAAAACUAAAACGCCUGCUGUAUACAAAGAGUACCGCGAUUUCAUGAUCAACACGUAUAGGUUGAAUCCACUAGAAUAUUUGACGGUCACGGCAUGUAGACGAAACUUGGCUGGUGAUGUUUGCGCUAUUAUUCGAGUACAUGCAUUUUUAGAGCAAUGGGGUCUGAUCAAUUAUCAGGUUGAUCCCGAUGCACGACCUUCCAAUCUCGGCGCACCGCUCAGUGGUCACUUUAGACCUUCCGCGGAACUGCCUCGUGCACUACAAUCGCAUCAGGCUGCUACUCCUUCCCAAGGAAAGCCAGCUGGGACUGUUACAUCCUCUAAUGAGAGUCCAGCACGCAAAGCUCUCGACACAAACUUGGAAUUGAGAAAGAACGUUUUUGCCAAAUCAAAUAAUCAACUGAAUGGCACAGCUAAGGAAGAGGCAGACGAACCUAAUGAAUGUACUAGCUGCGGGAAGACAUGCGAAGAUGUUACAUAUCAAAGCAGCAAACCACCACACGUACAUCUUUGCGAGAGCUGUUAUGUGGAUGGCAAGUUUCCCGCCAAGCUCUUCAGUGGAGACUUCAUUCGGAAAACAAAGGUCGAAGCAAAAGAGAAGGAAGAAACCGUUUGGACUGAUCAAGAGUCUUUGUUGCUUCUGGAAGGCCUGGAGAUGUAUUCAUCAGACUGGUCUGCAGUUUCACAGCAUGUUGGCACACGAACUCGCGAUGAAUGCAUUUUGCAUUUCCUCCAUUUGCCACUGGAAGACCCUUACUCCAUGACCACCAUGUCAGAUUUAGGAAUGCUACAGUACAAGUUGUCAAAGGAAAGCCAAGGAGAAAACCCAAUCAUGUCGGUGGUUGCAUUCUUAGCCUCUACCGUCGACCCAGAUGUCGCUGCGGCUGCUGCUCGCACUACAUUGAAAGAGCUUGGUAUGGAAGGAAAGCUGGGCAUUGCAGUGAAGAAGGAGAAGACUGAGAGUGAGAUGGACGUGGACAAGAGCAAAGGAGAUGAAGCGGACAAGACCACAACCGAUGACGACAAAGCAGCCACCACUAUGACUGUGCCCAAUUUUGAGGAAGAAAAGCGUAUUUCUAAACUGACAUGCGAAUACAUUGGAAAGCAAGUUGAGAAGUUUGAAUUGCGGUUGACCCAAUUUCAGGAUUUGGAAGCUGCUGUUGAAGAAGAGAAGCGUCAUGUUGAACGCGAGCGACAUCAGUUGUAUCAAGAACGAGCCAAUUUGAAGAAGAUCCAAUAUCAAGUGCAGGCCGAGAUCACAAAGCGACAGCCACCGCCACCGCCUCCUCAAGCACUUCCGAACGGCAUGAGUCCAGCUCAGCUUCAACAACUCUCCAUGCAGCAACCACCAAAUCCUGGGCAGCUGGCACAUGCCCAACAGCAGCAAUUUAUGAGAGUUCAGCAGUACCGGGAUAUGAUGAUGCAUCAACAACAACAAGGUGUUCCACCCCCCAUGCCACAAUACCAUCAAUCUCACGGCUACAAUCAAAUGCGCAUGCAAUAA